UCAAACCUCCACUGUUUCUCUACAAUGGGCGUAAACGCCUGGUAAUGUUAUAGUUGUCCAGCAGAGUUGGCUUGGGUUUAUUUCUGCCCCCCAGUGGGUAAAGCAACCACCGCAUGGGAGUUUGUAUCCUGCUACCAAGGUUAGACAUUAACCUUGUCUUUUCUCAGUCACUCAGGGCACCAAAAGAAGGCGGACGGUACUCUGUCCGAGGCAUGCUGUCGCUUCGCCGUCACAUCUUACUAUGGGCGACUGUAACAACUGCACACACGAGCGGGCUUUAACCGUGGAGGACGACAUUACUGUAGUGUUUCACAAAGUUGAUUCCAGCCAUGGCAGGAACAGCCUGGACGAACACGACGAGAGUGGCGAUGAUGAGCGGACAGCAGAGAGGAUUUACCUGCGAAGUAACUGUCGCGGUUACGAUUAUGAAGACGAUGAUGAUGCUGAGCAGAAGGAAGAAGAAGCGAGGGGAAGCGAGUAUUCACCGGAAGGCGGCGAGGAGGAGGAGAAGAGGAAGAAUACGCUAUGCCCGCCGGCGUUCUGCGUCAGGAGCGAGCCCGCAUCCCGAGAGGAGAACGCACGUGAAGGCGUAGAAAAACAGAAGAGAUGCCCUGGUCUUGGUUUGUUCUACGCUUUCCUGGCCACAGUUUUCUUCUCCAUCAUUGCCCUCUUGGUGAAAACCAUUCAGGGAGUCCACGCCAUAGAGAUCAGUGCCAUACGCUGCUUCUUCCAGAUACUCUUUACUAUGCCGUUACUCAUCUACAACAAGACAGGUUUCCUCGGUCCCAAGGAAAAACGUAAAUAUCUGGUGCUUCGAGGUUUCAUUGGCUCCAACGCCAUGAUCUUGCUCUUCUAUGCUGUUCAACAGAUGCCGCUUGCAGAUGCCACCGUCAUCAUGUUCAGUAAUCCAGUCUUUACCUCCCUUCUGGCCUGGAUCUUCUUAAAGGAACGGUGUACAGUCUGGGACGGCGUCUUCACUAUUUUUACCCUCACUGGAGUCAUCGUCAUCGCCCGACCGCCAUUUAUCUUUGGCCAGCAUUUACAUGGCAUCGAAGGAAAAUACACAAAUCACAUAAAGGGGACCAUUGCUGCCUUUGCAGGAGCUGUUGGAUCUGCUUUUACAUAUGUUGUCAUUCGCAAGAUUGGGAAGAGUGUCCAUUACUACCUCUCUGUCUGGUACUAUGCCGUCAUCGGCUUCAUCGAGUGCAUCAUCACUGUAUCCGUCCUGGGGGAAUGGAGGCUUCCGGCCUGUGGCCGCGACCGCUGGUUGCUGAUGCUGAUUGCUGUCCUGGGUGUCGCCGGGCAGACCUUCCUCACAAAGGCCCUGCAGAUUGAGAAGGCCGGACCGGUGGCCCUGAUGAGAACUUUCGAUGUGGUGCUGGCGUUCAUCUUCCAGUUUAUUUUCUUUAACCGUGCACCGACCUGGUGGAGCCUGGGCGGUGCGCUGUGCGUCGUGUUGAGCACUAGUGGAGUAGCAUUCAGGAAGUGGUACAGCAACUCGCGAAAGAGCUGAGAAGGAAGAGAACAUAGAGUACUUUGGUACUACUAUUUAUUCUUUUACUCUAUCAUGUGUUUUUGAUUUCUUCUGUAUUUUACUCGUUAUUUAGACGAAAGCUCUUUAAAAAGAGAAACAUAGAGAUAUCGUCUAAUGAUGAAGCUAUGAUAGUUUUCAAUUUGAAAAUUGAAGUCUUUACAUCUAGUAGAGUUGAUCCCUAAGAAUCAACCUGUGUAAUACAUACUGUAUAGUUAUGCAUUCAUUUUUUUAAAUGAACACAUCAAUGAAGGUAAUAAGAGGAGGGAAAAAAUACCCCCAACCAUAUCCUGUUCUAAGCAGCCUAUGAAGCUAAGUAACUGCCUACUAAACAGAGUAUACCGCUCAUCUCUUCCAUAAUGGACAUGUUUUCUACAAAAUGAGGGUGAAAGUUCUAAUCAUAAUGAAACAGUUGGAAGCUAAAUGCUUUUUUAAAUUCAGGAGUGGGGUUGUAUGAGAUAGUUGUCAAUAGUAAUUGUAUGACCAACAGAGGAUCCUGGUUAGCUUGGCCUCUUAAGCCCUGUAUCCACCAAGCGGUUCAGUUCGUCUCUGUACGGCACGCAUUAUGUGGCGUUUCCACUGACUAAAACCGGGACAGGUCCCCAAAUUACCGAGCCGUACCAUCCCACUUUUUGGUACCCUUCUGUUGGGGUGCCAGACAUACCGAUCUGACCCCAGAAGGUGGAGCUAGAAACACUGCAGUCCGUUGAUUGGUCAAAAGAAUCGUCACUUCCUGUGUGACAGCGGUAAUAAAGAACAACACAUAACCCCGCCAUGUUUAAAUCUCCAGUGGACUUCGGGAAGAUAACUGUUUUUGUUUGGAAAAUGGCGUCAAGAAACAGCGUUUCAUGGUCGACCACGGAGCUGCAGACUUACCUCGCGUUUUUGUUCUUCGUUGCAUUUAUUAGCAGGGUACACUGUCGCACUGCCAUGACGUCACGCUAUUACGUAGCUGACACGGCUAUCAGCAUCCGGCUCACAUGCCGCCCACCAAGUAGGGCACGGUUAGCUGUGGAAACGCAAACAGGAUCAGGCAUUACCGAUCCGACCCGUACCAAACUGUACUGAUCCAUUCAAGACUGCUUGGUGGAAAUGAGCCAUUAGUUGAGAAUCAGAACAGAAGCUUGGCCAUCAACUGUUGCAGACAAGGUCAGCUCUACCACAUACUAUGUCUAAGUCUGACCUAAACACUAAUUUCAGUUGAAGUGUUAGCGCUGUGUAGAAGUUUUUCAGUGCUUUACUUCACUGUCAGAAAGCCUCUUUGUUUUGCCGACGUGUGCCAUCCGUGUUCCUCCACCUGCAGUGCACUGAUCAGUUAUUCACGUGUGUGAUGUACGAGACAUGACAUUUUCCUUGUACUCUGAGAUGCAAAAAUCUAGAGAUUGACAAUAUACCAUUUACAUACAGUAUAUUUGACGUAAUGUUAAGCAAGAGACUCACUUCCAUUUGGCUUUUCUGAUUUAACUUCUAAAAAUUGAAGAAAGUCAGUAAAACAGGGGCGUUCAGUACAACAGGGAGCGAUGCAGACUGCAGCUGUAUGCGAGUCGCUGGUAUCCUCUGAUUCUGAAAGAUACUGAAAUACUAUUGUUAUCAAGUCCCACUUAUGACAGCAGUUAUCUUUCUCGGUUUGAGGGCAUGGGCUCAAAGUUUAUGAAUAGCUGAUCAGCGCACUGGCGGAGGAACACGAAUGUGUCCACAAAUAAUGCAAUAGCAAACUGGCAGCAAAGUAGGACACUGAACAUUUUCUAAAUAGAGCGUACUAUUAGACCAAUACUAGUGUUUGGGUCUGGCUUUGUUAGAUUUACCUAAAUUGUGUAGGUGAGUUGACCUGACUACAGCAGUUUAGAGCUAAGUUUCUAUUCCUUUACCCUCGUUGGCUUCUCAACAAAGGGGCUGAACUGUAGGUAAUACACUUACUAUUGAAAAGUACUUCAUACGAUUGAUGAUUUUGAUUGAUGACGAUAUAAACCCUAACUUCAUCUUAAAAGAAAAAAAAGUUUUAAAAAAAAGGAUUUAUCCCAUUAAAGGACAGGCUCACUCACAAUUUCUUUUUGCUUUAACCUUCAAUAACCAAAGAGAGAGGUUUACCGCACUGGGACCAAUCCUAUUGUGUCAUACUUAAAAACUUAAACUACAUAUUUUAUUUCAUAGUGGUAUUUACUAAUAGAGUAGUAAAUUAAAAGAGUAUAUACCUCACAUAUGUGAUGUAUUUGCAAACAAUAGCACAUCACAAUGUUUUCUAGCAAAAUAAGCUCCACUGCAAGAAUUCAAGUCAACAAAAACAAAUCUGAAAGCUGGAAAUGAAGCUCUAAAAUCACUUUUGUUUUUACUUGAAAACAGGGUCACGCUGGAUUCUCUCAGGGAUCGCAUUCCAACUUUUUUUAAAAGCCCAAACAGGACAUUUAAUCUUGUCCAACCCAAACAUAUUCAUUUUGAAUGACUGUUUUCAUCAUACUGAUUUUUACUUUGGCUUUUCUUCCCCCUUUUCCUUGAAUGGACAACUUAUUAAGCUGAAAUACAUCAUUAUCAAAUCCAGAACUAAUCAAUCAUUAACAAUAUCUUUAAAGUGCCUUAAGUAGGGAGCUUUUACCCUCUAGCCCCCCUCAGUUCUCAGUAACCAGCAUCUUGUUCUGUAGCAGAUCUCAGGUGUGACAGUACAUAAGAAUAUGACUAUGACCUAAGGUGACCCGGAAAUCACAUAGAUGAUUUCAUACUUAAGUGAUAGAAACUUAAGAUGAAGUCUGACAAAGAGGCCAUACUGACAUCUUCAUGGCCUAAGGAGGAGUCAACUCUGUCGUCUCAUCUCACAGUUUAAGUUUCUAAUAAGCGUGCUCAACAGUCUAAAAAUAUGAUGCUCAGAGGGGGGAUGUUGUUUGCACUUUGUCUUUGCUGGAGGGGGAGAAAAAGUGUCACUAACCUGCCACUUUAAUUCAACAAAUGAAGCUAUCAUCUCAAAAGCUGCUCACAAAGAAUGCUCCCAGGAAAGACGAUAGCUUCCUCAAUUAAUUCAAGCACGUAAGGAAGAAAGAUGAGAGGUGCAACCUUUGCAGGUUCUGCCGAGUGAACACUGCAGAGCUCGGAUGAAUAGUAAUGAACCUGUCACAUUUAAGCUGACAUUGAGGUGAUACUCUUGAGUAGCUUUGUGUUAGCCUCAGUGACUUUAAUCAUACAUUUGUGAUUCUUGUGCCAUGUACUUAGAGACAUAAAGAUCAUUCAUUAGUGGGUUCGUGUACAAGGUUGAGUCGAAGUUCCCCUGAAGCUACGGGGAUUAGUUAAAGUCCUGUGAGGAGUUUGAUUGGUUAUGAAACAAACUUAAAUUAAUGCUGACCCUGACCAACAAAAGCAAACAACAGCAUCAGCAACAGGAUUGACUUUUUCUAUAUAGUAAUUUUGAAUGCCUGGAGCCACUGCCAUUGGAUCAGGGGUGGAUCCAGGGGUGGCCAGGGAUGGCUGAUGCCCUCCUUGAAAUCAGUUCAGGUACAAAUCCUUCCUAAAGGUAGUGAUAUUAAUUUUAAGGGCUGAAAGAAGUCAAGGAACUGACUAUCAUUUUCAGAUUCGCCCUAUAUAGUAUGAAGGAAUAAAAACCCAAAGAAGGAAUUUUAAUUCCUCAAGAUAAAUUACGACUUCACCAAAAACAGGUACUGUUCUUUCGAGGUAACUUCAAAGCCAAGCAAUAUUGGAUUUUAAGCUAAAAGCAAUACUGUCCUUCACCUUUUAGCACCAAACAGUUACCUUGUGUACCACCUCCUCAGCCACAGUGUUCUGAAAUAUGAUCUUUAUGUGUAAUUGUUCAAUGCAACCCCUUUAAAUACCCUUCUUUCCAGGGCUGUGGGUAUUUAGCACAGUAACCUGCUUCUUCUGCUCUGCCCUGUUUUAGUGUCUUGUAUAACUCAUACUGUAUUUUUAGUAUUAAGCAGGGAGUUUCCUGCUGUCAAGACUGAUGAAGUCACAGCGCAUCUGCAGUCCUCUGUUGCAGAAAUGUUUACUUGGGUGCAAUGUAGCUGAAAAAAGAAAGGCAAUUACUGCUGCUAGACUGCGCAAUUUAAUAUCCUGCAGUUUCUUCCCUUCUGUUCCACAAAGGCUGCUGUGUCUGUUUUUGUUCCACCUGUUUAGAACUGUCGGCACAGUCGGCAUCCUCAGACUCCCCUCCGAUUUCACUUCUUCCUUUCAUACUGUGAACUCUUCAUCAUUGAACCCUGAAGUCUAAGUGUGCACAUUGUUGUUUUUUAUGUAAUAUGGACCUAUGUGACACAUAUUUAGGCAGUGAUGUAUUUAACAUUUUCUGUAUGAAGGCUUAUGAAGGAAAACUUAAAGGUACAGUAUGUAAAAUUAAAAUAUUUAGCUCCAUCUGUAUUGUUCAGAUUUUACAUUAAAACGCUCCCAUGCUCA